CGGCCAUUUUUCCUCCAUUGAUUGUUGUUUGUGCUUACAGUCCAAGCAUACAGAAAGUAACACAGAUUAAACUGGAUUACAAGUUAUUAAACCACAAAGUUUGGCUUUGAUAUCGACUGGUUUUGCCUAACACCCUCAGAAUGGUCCCUCAGAGCAACUCGCAGAGCUCCUGUUGACAGCGGAUCGCGGCUGUAGGAUCAGAUGGAAAUGGUGCCCAGCGAAGAAAAGCAGCUUGUGCCCAAAGAGAUUGAAAGUGCUGCGGAGGAGCCGAGAGUGUUGUGUAUCGUGCAGGACACCACCAAUGCCAAGACGGUCAAUGAGAGGCUGACGCUCAACCUGCCUGCCUCCACCACCGUCAGCAAACUGUACGAGGAUGUGGCUCAAAAAGCUGGAUAUGUGAAUGGGACUUUUUGCCUGGUGUGGGCCAGCGGCAUCAAUACGGCUCCUUUGGACCAGGCCGAUGAGAGAUCCCUGGUUUUGUCUGGUUUUGAGGCAGGAAAGAGGAACUUCCUGCAGCUUACGGAUAAGGACGGGGACCAGCCUCAGAUAGCUUCAGAUGAGUCAGGCACAGCGGACAGCAGUGGUCUUGAUGACAGCUCUCAGGACCGCUUUAUUGGACCCUUGCCGCGUGACGGUACUGUGGGAUGCAGCAGUGACUACAGCAGCCCCAGUUAUUCAUACUCAUCCAUACUCAACAAAUCAGACACAGGUUAUGUUGGUUUGGUCAACCAAGCGAUGACCUGUUACCUAAACAGUCUUCUGCAAACCUUGUUCAUGACCCCUGAGUUCAGGAACACACUCUUUAAAUGGGAGUUUGAGGAAUCUGAGGAGGAUCCGGUCACCAGUAUCCCAUACCAACUCCAGAGGCUGUUUGUGCUCCUGCAGACCAGUAAGAAACGCGCCAUUGAGACCACAGAUGUAACGCGCAGCUUCGGCUGGGACAGCAGUGAGGCCUGGCAGCAACACGACGUUCAGGAGCUUUGCAGAGUCAUGUUUGAUGCACUAGAGCAAAAGUGGAAACAGACUGAGCAGGCUGAUUUGAUAAACCAGCUUUACCAGGGAAAGCUGAAAGACUAUGUGCGCUGUUUGGAAUGUGGCUAUGAGAGCUGGAGAAUCGACACGUACCUGGACAUCCCCCUGGUCAUCAGGCCCUUCGGGGCCAGCCAGGCUUUUGGCAGUGUGGAAGAGGCUUUGCAGGCCUUCAUCCAGCCUGAGACUCUGGACGGGCCCAAUCAGUACUUCUGUGAGCGAUGCAAGAAGAAAUGCGACGCCCGCAAGGGCCUGAGAUUCCUUCAUUUUCCGUACCUGCUGACUCUGCAGCUCAAGCGCUUUGACUUCGAUUACACCACUAUGCACCGUAUUAAACUCAACGACCGCAUGACCUUCCCAGAGGAGCUGGACAUGAGUCCCUUCAUUGACGUAGAGGAUGAGAAAUCACCUCAGACAGAAAGCUGUACUGAUAGUGGCGCGGAGAAUGAAGGAAGCUGCCACAGUGACCAGAUGAGUAAUGAUUUCUCCACAGAUGAUGCUGUGGAUGAGGGCAUUUGUCUGGAUAACGCCAGCAGCACAGAGCGAGUGCUCAAACCAAAGAGCUCAUUGACCUUUGAACUCUUCUCGGUCAUGGUGCAUUCUGGGAGCGCUGCAGGUGGACACUACUAUGCCUGCAUCAAGUCUUUCAGCGACAGCCAGUGGUACAGCUUCAAUGACCAGCACGUCAGCAAGAUCACGCAGGACGACAUCCGGAAGACAUAUGGCGGGUCCUCAGGGAGCAGAGGCUAUUACUCUAGUGCCUUUGCCAGCUCUACAAAUGCAUACAUGCUCAUGUACAGACUGAAAGAGCCCUCCAGGAAUGCAAAAUUCCUUGAUGUGGAGGACUUUCCGGAGCACAUAAAGAGACUAGUACAUCGAGAGAAAGAAUCCGAGGAGCAGGAGAAGAGACAGAGGGAGAUCGAUCGCAACACAUGCAAGAUCAAGCUCUUCUGCAUGCAUCCAGUGAAGAUGAUGAUGAUGGAGAACAAGCUAGAGGUUCACAAAGACAAAACUCUCAGAGAAGCAACAGAAAUGGCCUACAAGCUGAUGGAUGUUGAAGGAGUGGUGCCGCUGGACUGCUGUCGACUGGUGAAGUACGACGAGUUUCACGAGUAUCUGGAACGUUCAUACGAGGGCGAAGAAGACAUGCCCAUGGGUCUGCUGCUCGGCGGGGUCAAAUCUUCAUACAUGUUUGACCUACUGCUGGAGAUCCGCAGACCUGAUCAAAAGUUUCAGGCCUACAAACCUGGAGAAGUAAUGGUGAAGGUCCAUGUGGUGGAUCUAAAGAGCGAGACCAUUGCUGCACCAGUCAGUGUGAGGGCUUAUCUUAACCAGAGCAUUACUGAGUUUAAACAACUCAUAGCACAGGCCACGGGGCUUUGUGCAGAAACGAUGCGUGUUGUCUUGGAACGCUGCUAUAAUGACCUUCGGCUUCUUUACGUGCCCAACAAGACUCUGAAAGCAGAGGGUUUCUUCAGGAGUAACAAGGUAUUCGUGGAGAGCUCCGACUCGACAGAUCACCAGGCCACUUUUACAGAAUCUCUUUUGUGGAAGCUCCUGGAUCGUCACGGAAACACAAUCAGACUGUUUGUCUCCCUGCCUGAGCAGUCCCCAGGCUGUUUGGCCAAUAGAACUAGUUGCCCCAAGGCUAGCGCUGACUCUGAGGACUCGUUUGAUGGAGCGACGGGCAGCCAGAGGCCAGUGGAGGCCAUUCUUGAAGAAAGCACAGAGAAACUAAAGAACCUUUCAUUGCAGCAGACCUCCAGCACCAGUGACAGCCAGAAGAGCUCGGAACACAGCGACUUUGAGCUCAUCGACUCACCAGCACAAGAGUCCGAGGCCCCCUCGCAGCCCCCUGAGCUCGAGAACCAGUUCCCCUCGGAUGAGCGCUCGGACUCGGACGUCAACAACGAUCGAAGCACCAGCUCGGUGGACAGUGACAUCCUGAGCUCCAGCCACAGCAGCGACACGCUGUGUAACGCAGACAGCGGCCCGUUGCCCCUGGCGAACGGUCUUGACUCGCACAGCAUCACAAGCAGUCGCCGCUCCAAAGCCCACGAGGGGAAGAAGGAGACGUGGGACACGGCUGAGGAGGAUUCGGGAACGGACAGCGAGUACGACGAGAACGGCAAGAGCAAAGCUGAGGCCCAGUACCUGUACUUCAAAGCUGAGCUGUACUCGCAAGAGGAAGGAUCCGGAGACGGACAGAAAUGUUUGCUUGUCCACGUCGAUAAGAGAAUCACAUUGGCCGCGUUCAAACAGGAUCUAGAGCCGUACGUUGGCGUCCCUUCCACUCAGUUUAAGGUCUUCCGGGUUUAUGCCAACAACCAGGAGUUUGAGAGCGUGCGGCUGAACGAGACUCUCUCUACAUUCUCUGAUGAAAACAAGAUCACGAUCCGAUUAGGACGAGCGCUGAAGAAAGGAGAAUACAGGGUGAAGGUCUACCAGCUGCUAGUCAAUGAACCGGAGCCCUGUAAGUUUCUUCUGGACACGGUGUUUGCUAAGGGCAUGACUGUUCGACAGUCUAAAGAGGAGUUACUGCCUCAACUCAAAGACCAGUGCAAACUGGAGCUCAGUAUAGACCGGUUUAGACUCAGGAAGAAGACCUGGAAGAACCCAGGCACAGUGUUCCUGGAUUACCAUGUGUAUGAGGAGGACAUCAACAUCUCUAGUAACUGGGAGGUGUUCCUGGAAGUCCUUGAAGAACCCGAGCGGAUGAAGUCCAUGUCCCAACUGGCGGUUCUGACACGUCGGUGGUGUCCCUCCCAGAUGAAACUCGAACCCUUUCGGGAGGUGGUGCUGGAGAGCAGCAGUGUGGAUGAACUUAAGGAGAAGCUAAGUGAAUUGAGCGGAAUCUGUCUUGAAAACCUGGAGUUCGCGAAGGGGAGAGGAACUUUUCCUUGUGACAUAUCAGUGCUGGAGAUCCAUCAGGAUUUGGAUUGGAAUCCUAAAGUCUCCACCCUCAAUGUCUGGCCUCUUUAUAUCUGUGAUGAUGGCGCUGUGAUCUUCUACAGGGACAACACCGAGGAGCUAAUGGAGCUUUCCGAGGACGAGCGCAAUGAAUUAAUGAAGAAGGAGAGCAGCCGCCUGCUAAAGACGGGCCAUCGGGUCAGCUACUCCCCCCGCAAAGAAAAGGCCCUCAAAAUCUACCUGGACGGAGGGCCUACCAAAGACCCUGGACAGGACUGAGCGGGUGGGAAACUUUCCUUCCCCAUUUUCUAUCUGGCCUGCCCGCUGCAGUGUAGCGCUGCCUCGCCAGGGACCCUGGCGUUUGGGCCCACGUUGAAUCAACGUCACCAGUGCUGUCCGGCUGACGCUCUCUCUCUUUUUGAGCUCCAGAGCGCCUAACGUGGCUCAGAGUACAAUUGUGCACCAUAGUUUAUCGUACUGUAAAGUUUAAAGGGAAGUGCAAAAGCUAUUUCAAAUCUAAUAUCAUUCAGAAGAAUCAAUUUAAUAAUAUAAAGAUGGGUGCAUUUGUAGAGAAAACAGAGGGGGUGUUUUGGGAGAUACUUUAUGAUGCUCUCAGUCUUUCGCCUGUCUUCGACCUCUGUUGAUUUUCAUCCCAUCGUUCUGCUGUCUCUCCAUGACUCACUUGUUCUCUAUCAUCCAGAUUCUAUUGAGCGUUUGAGCUCAGCUUCUAAUGUACCCCAUCCACCUCCAAACGUCCCAAAGACCCUAGGGGUGACUACACUGCUCAUCUUCCAUUUCGUAGAGCUCUUCGACCGACUCCGGUCGUGGUAUGAUACUAUCACUUGAAGUUUUUGGGUAUGAUGCUCUCUCUUGAAAUUAUGGGAUAUCUCUCGUUUUGUUUAUUUAACACAUAGUUGUGAAUUAAAUGCUUCUUUUCUGGCUGACGAGGUUCUAUUCUUGCCGUUCAUGCUUUCGUUUUUGUUUGGGUAUGGGCGUGGCUAUCUAGUUCACCAGCCCACUGACCGCUUAAGCCCCGCACAUUUCAGAGGGAGCCCCGCCCCAUUCGUUCCUUCACUAUACUUCCUGCUGGGGCUACUGAUGCUGGUACAUAUAAAGUUGCGAGCCUUUAAAAGUAGGGCAACGUGAAUCAAGUGGAGUGCUGCAUUCACCCGCUUUGUUUUUUGUUGUUUUUCUUGUAAAUUAUUUCACUACAGACUGACGUUGUGAGUGACUUUUAAUGGCACGUGUUUUAAUUUUUCUUUACUUUACUCUGCUUUCUUUUUCCAUUUAGAAAUGUCUCAUCCUGUGUUUUAUUUUGUUUUCUGUAAACACUGCCUGUUUAAGUUCAGAUGUGGCGUGGGUGUGUGCGUGUGCAUGUAUGGAAAUGCUUUUCGCUGCUGUUUUCGCGUAGCUGGAAGGCAGAGGGUGUGGACGCCCCACCGCAGGAGUUCCAGGACACUGCUGCGUCCCUCGCAGGGAGGGACACUGCGAGGGACGCAGCAGUGUCCCUCCCCGGUGCCGCUCCAAUGCUGCUACAAGCUGUUCACAGUAGACAUGCCAAUAUUGAAAAAAAGAGCAACAAUCACUGUCUGCCUUGUCUCCAGGUUGACAUCACAUAUUUAGGGGGGAAUGCGGUUUUCAUUCAUAUUCAUGGUUCAUAUCGGAUUUAUUUUGCUUUAGUGUUCAAAUUAAAACUCAAAUGAUUAAAGGCUUUGUAAAGUAGUUAUUGAACGAUGAAGAAAUUAUGGUAUAUUUAUAAACAUUUGUAUUUAAGAACAAACUGACAGUUUGUGCUUAAAGGAGCAGUUUACCCCAAAAUGACAUCAUUUCUGUCGUUUACUCAAGUUCCAAAUCUAUAUACAUUUCUUUGUUCUGAUGAACACAAAUAAAAAUAUUUUGAAGAAUGUCAGUAACCAAACGGUUCAUGGCCACCAUUGACUACCACAGGAAAAAUUGCUUUAUACAUUUCUUUGUUCUGUUGAACACAAAAUCGGAUAUUUUGAAGAACGUAGAAAAGCAAACGGUUCUGGGUCACUUUUGACUACCAUUGUCAUUUCCUACUAGUUGAUGGUGGCCAAGAACUGUUUGGUGACGAGCAUUCUUCCAAAUCUCUCUCUCUGUGUUCAUCAGAACAAAGAUAUUCAUACAUUUACAUUUAUGCAUUUGGCAGACGCUUUUAUCCAAAUCGACUUGCAUUGCAUUGUAUUAUACAUUUUGUUUCUGACUAUGUGCAAUCCCUGGGAUCGAACCCAUGACCUUGGCAAUGCUAGUGCCAUGCUCUAACCACUGAGCCACUUGCACAUAGUCAGAAACAAAUGUAUAGUACAAUGCAAUGUAAGUCGCUUUGGAUAAAAGCGUCUGCCAAAUGCAUAAAAAUUUAAACGUGAGUAAAUGACAGAUUUUUACAUGUGGGUGAACUGUCCCUUUAAGUGCAGUGCAGUUUUUGUUUCUCACAGAAACAAAAAAAUAUUAUUUCUCAGGGUCAAGUGAAUGGUCAUGAAAUACCCUCAUAUUUUGGGGUAUACUAUCUUGCCUAAUACUAUGAGCAUCUCGGAGACCAAAUAAAAUACUUAAAAUUUGACUGCUUUUAGAUGACUUAAACUGAACAGUGCAUAAUGUAACAUAUAAAACAUAAGAAUAACAACGUUUUUUCACUUUUUAUUUUCUGGGGGGAGUUUGGGUUUAAAUGCUCUGUUAGAUUACAUGACAGCUAUAUUCUUGCAUAUGUAUAUCGAUUUAAUUAAAUGCAUCAUGUGAAUUCCAUUAUAA